CUAUCCGAAUUACGACGUAUGUAUGCGCCUGUGAGUGGCUGCCACAGUGGACCCUAUCCCCGGAUUGGAAGCUACUUGAAUAUUUUCACACGUGGAAAUGUGCUGCCGCUGUCUUAUCGGAAUAGUGGCGUCAAGUAGCACUUGUCAUUGAUUAAGUGUCCACGAUGUUUAUUCUUCGUUCCCCUCUUUAUCUUCUUCGUUGUCCAUUUUCGCACAGGAUUUAUUCUCAAGGUCUACAGUACUUGUGAACUUACUCAUGGCGACCUUGAUCCUACAGACUUAGAACACGACGCGCCGAACCGCAAUCCCUUUCAUUGUCUCAGACAAACAGAACUGCGUGAUCCGGAUCAAGGCUUGCGCCAUAAUCUUCAACAUCCCACCUUCACGAUGACCAAAUCCCACUACGACCUCUGCACCUCGGUGACCCCAGAGUGCCCCGUCAACGAAACCCUCUAUGGCUACUACCCUAAUUUGGGUGCGAAUGCCUUCUUCGCAGCUCUCUUCGCCUUCCUCCUCAUCGCGCAACUCAUAAUCGGAACAUGGACGAAAACAUGGACCUUCAUGCUAGCCGUUGGCCUCGGUGUAUUUGGAGAAAUGGCAGGGUAUAUAGGACGAUUGAUCAUGCACCAGAAUCCAUGGUCGAACGCUGGGUUCGAGGCGCAGAUCUGUUGUUUGGUUCUCGCGCCUAGUUUUCUGGCUGCGGGUAUCUAUUUGACGUUGAAGCAUAUGGUGAUCUAUUGUGGCCCGGAAUACAGUCAUUUGAAAGCGAAGUGGUAUCCGUGGAUCUUCAUCGGAAGCGACCUUGGAAGCAUCAUCGUGCAGGCCAUUGGAGGUGGUGUUGCUGCCAGCGCGAAGAAUAGCACGAACAAGAGCCUCUUAUCGGCGGGCGAUGCAUUGAUCAUUGCAGGAAUUGCUCUGCAAAGCGUCACCAUGUCUGUCUGCGGACUUCUAGUCCUAGAUUUCUUCCUCGCAAGAAGGAAGGCGAGAACAGAGCACAAAGCCGAAUUGGAAGGAACGGCGAGUCUGGAUGCUACGACGCUGCCGAAUGAUGUGCAUACAAAGAGUCCCUUGAGAUUCAGGAUCUUUUGUUGCGCGAUUGGGUUCGCGUUCUUUACGAUUCUUGUUAGGUGUAUAUACCGCAUUCCUGAGAUGGCGGGAGGAUGGGGCAACCCGAGGAUGAGGGACGAGCCGGUGUUUUUGGGGUUGGAUGGCGCGAUGGUUGCGAUGGCUUCCAUUGCGUUUACGGUUGCACAUCCGGGGUUUAUGUUCCCGCCGAUGAGGAAGGGGAGGAGGAACCCGGCUUAGUUGUGGACUUUCGUAGUUGGUUUAGUGGAAUAUAUGUGAUGCUCUAUGUUUGACUAUGAU